AUGGGGUCCAGCCAUCCCGCUGGCGAUCCUUGGAAGGGAGGAUCAGAGAUCAUCCGCUCGAACCUCAUCGACAUCCACCUGUUGGCUCCGGCCUCAGGUAACGAAGUACCGCGUUCCGGCGGCUUCCAGUGGCGUAACAGUUCACUCCAGGCAGUGGUUAGCUUAUUUACAUUCUCCAGCUACGGAAGGCGAUUACUCCUCUCCGAGCUUACGCCUCGGGUCACCGGACUCGACAAGAGCCUGCGAUAUUGGGCAAUAUCGCAGAAGACAGCUGGUGUAGAAGAGGAACAGGUUUGGCCGGUCCGGUCGGCCCGUGUCCUCCAAUUCACUUUCCAAGCCGGAUUCGAACUGCGUCGCGGAUGGAUCCUUUGUCUUCAACUUGCUAUCAAUCAACCCUCUCGUUCGAGCAUGCGCAGCAUGAAAAAUCCUUUACAUACCUAA